AUGCAAACAGGGGAGAAACCAUAUCAGUGCACAGAAUGUGGGAAGAGUUUCAGUGUAAGAGGAAAACUCAUAAUUCACCAAAGAAUUCACAGUGGAGAGAAACCAUAUCAAUGCCUGGAGUGUGGAAAGAGUUUCCGUGUUGCUGGAAGUCUGACAAUACAUCAACGACUUCAUACAGGUGAAAAGCCUUAUAAAUGCCUGGAAUGUGGAAAGAGUUUCCGUUACAGCAGUAACUUUCGUUCACAUCAAAGACUCCACACAGGGGAGAAACCAUAUAAGUGCCUCGAGUGUGGAGAGAGCUUCCAUAGGCGUGAAAGUUUUGCUGACCACCGAAGUAUCCAUACAGGGAAAAAACCAUUUAACUGUGAGGUGUGUGGAAAGAGAUUCUGUUUAGGUAUUAUCCUUUCUGCACACCGAAGAGUCCACACAGGGGAGAAACCACAUAAAUGUAUAGAAUGUGGAAAGAGCUUCGGUUCGAGUCAAGAGGUCACUGUACAUCGAAGACUCCACACAGGAGAGAAACCAUAUAAAUGCCUGGAGUGUGGAAGGACCUUCUGGGAAUCUGGGAAACUAACUGUCCACAAAAGAACUCACACAGGAGAGAGACCAUAUAACUGCCCGGAGUGUGGAAAGAGCUUCCACCAAAAGCCGCACCUUACUGCACACCUAAGAUUCCACACAGGGGAGAAGCCAUACAAAUGCCAUGAAUGUGGAGAGAGCUUCAGCCGUAGUGAUAGUCUCCGUAUUCAUCAAAGAAACCACACAGGGGAGAAACCGUAUAAAUGCAUGGAGUGUGGAAAGAACUUCCGCUUAAGUACUAGCCUUUCCUCACACCUAAGAAUCCACACUGGUGAGAAACCAUAUAAGUGCACCACCUGCGGGAAAAGCUUCACUCAACAUUCACACCUUUCCAUCCACCGGAGAAGCCACACAGGAGAGAGACCAUAUCAAUGCACGGAGUGCGGAAAGCGUUUCAGCUAUAAAGAUAGCUUUACUCGUCAUCAGAAGAUGCAUGCGCACCAAAUGAUGCAAACAGGGGAGAAACCAUAUCAGUGCACAGAAUGUGGGAAGAGUUUCAGUGUAAGAGGAAAACUCAUAAUUCACCAAAGAAUUCACAGUGGAGAGAAACCAUAUCAAUGCCUGGAGUGUGGAAAGAGUUUCCGUGUUGCUGGAAGUCUGACAAUACAUCAACGACUUCAUACAGGUGAAAAGCCUUAUAAAUGCCUGGAAUGUGGAAAGAGUUUCCGUUACAGCAGUAACUUUCGUUCACAUCAAAGACUCCACACAGGGGAGAAACCAUAUAAGUGCCUCGAGUGUGGAGAGAGCUUCCAUAGGCGUGAAAGUUUUGCUGACCACCGAAGUAUCCAUACAGGGAAAAAACCAUUUAACUGUGAGGUGUGUGGAAAGAGAUUCUGUUUAGGUAUUAUCCUUUCUGCACACCGAAGAGUCCACACAGGGGAGAAACCACAUAAAUGUAUAGAAUGUGGAAAGAGCUUCGGUUCGAGUCAAGAGGUCACUGUACAUCGAAGACUCCACACAGGAGAGAAACCAUAUAAAUGCCUGGAGUGUGGAAGGACCUUCUGGGAAUCUGGGAAACUAACUGUCCACAAAAGAACUCACACAGGAGAGAGACCAUAUAACUGCCCGGAGUGUGGAAAGAGCUUCCACCAAAAGCCGCACCUUACUGCACACCUAAGAUUCCACACAGGGGAGAAGCCAUACAAAUGCCAUGAAUGUGGAGAGAGCUUCAGCCGUAGUGAUAGUCUCCGUAUUCAUCAAAGAAACCACACAGGGGAGAAACCGUAUAAAUGCAUGGAGUGUGGAAAGAACUUCCGCUUAAGUACUAGCCUUUCCUCACACCUAAGAAUCCACACUGGUGAGAAACCAUAUAAGUGCACCACCUGCGGGAAAAGCUUCACUCAACAUUCACACCUUUCCAUCCACCGGAGAAGCCACACAGGAGAGAGACCAUAUCAAUGCACGGAGUGCGGAAAGCGUUUCAGCUAUAAAGAUAGCUUUACUCGUCAUCAGAAGAUGCAUGCGUGA